GGAGAAUCUAAAGAGUCCAAAAAAUCACCACCAAGAGAAUCAAAAAAGUUCAAAGAAUUACCACUGGGAGAAUUGAGAGUCCAAAGAAUCACCACUAGAAAAAUCAAAAGUCCAAAAGAAUCACCAGGAGAAUCAAAAGAGUCUACCAAUAGGAGAAUCAAAAGUCCAAAAGAAUCACUGGGAGAAGAGAAAGAGUUCACCACCAGGAGUCCACUACCAGGAAAAUCAAAAGAGUCCAAAAUAAUUACUCAGAGAAUCAAAAGAGACCACUGCCAGGAGAGUCGAAAGAGUCCAGAAAAAAACACCAGGAGAAUCAAGAGUCCAGAAAGAGUCACUAGAAGAAUCAAGAGUCCACAACCGGGAGAAUCAGAAGAUUCAUCAUCGGGAGAAUCGAAAGAGUCCACCACCAAAGAACUACCAACGCUAUUACAUAUUCUAAAUCGCACGCCAUUUUACGUCCUGAAUUCAAGUAAUCACCAAAAUCUGGGAGAAUCAAAAGAGUCCAGAACCAUUGGGAUAAUCGAAAAAGAUCACCACUGGGUGAAUCGAAAGAAUCCACCACUAGGAGAAUCAAAGAGUCCCAGAAUCACUGGCGGUUCUUUGUGGACUCUUUUAAUUCUCCGAAAGAAUCAAAAGAGUCCACAAAGAACCACCAGCACCAUUACAUGUUCUAAAUC